AUGUCGUCUUUAUAUGGGCGACUUUCCUGGACAACUAAAUUCUUUAAUGAUGCAAAUGCUAGAGCUGGAAGUGAAGGAAACAACAUAAAAAAAAACAGAAUUACAGAAAUCAUACCAAAUGAUGUGCAUCGUGUGGUUUUGAAGCAGGCAAUUUAUGAAAACAACAGUGGUUCUGACUACAUAAAUGCCACUUACGUAAAUGGCUAUAGUAAACUCAACGCCUUCAUCGCGACACAGCACCCACUGCCAGAGACUAUUGACGAUUUCUGGCUAAUGAUUCAGCAGACAGAAGUGUCUAUGGCGGUCCUUCUUAGCAACACUAUUCAUGGAAGCAUGGACCUUCCCAUCUUUUGGCCUCCACUGCACACAGCUCGGGAAUAUGGCGGUGUUUUAGUAAACCACCAAUCAGAGGAGAGCAACGGUGGCAGCAUUGAACGGAUGUUUACUGUCAGGAAUGUUGAUCGACUUUCCUGGACAACUAAAUUCUUUAAUGAUGCAAAUGCUAGAGCUGGAGGUGAAGGAAACAACAUAACAAAAAACAGAAUUACAGAAAUAAUACCAAAUGAUGUGCAUCGUGUGGUUUUGAAGCAGGCAAUUUAUGAAAACAACAGUGGUUCUGACUACAUAAAUGCCACUUACGUAAAUGGCUAUAGUAAACUCAACGCCUUCAUCGCGACACAGCACCCACUGCCAGAGACUAUUGACGAUUUCUGGCUAAUGAUUCAGCAGACAGAAGUGUCUAUGGCGGUCCUUCUUAGCAACACUAUUCAUGGAAGCAUGGACCUUCCCAUCUUUUGGCCUCCACUGCACACAGCUCGGGAAUAUGGCGGUGUUUUAGUAAACCACCAAUCAGAGGAGAGCAACGGUGGCAGCAUUGAACGGAUGUUUACUGUCAGGAAUGUUGACUCAGCAGAGAAAUGGAGAAAUCUGACAAUGCUCCAGUUUGAGGGUUGGACUGAUCAUGGCGUUCCAAAAGACUUGGACAAAUUUAUAUCGCUGCUAAACAAAGUUGAAACACAUAAACAAAAUCAGUCUGAUGACAGACCAGUUGUAAUCAUCUGCAGAGAUGGUGCUGGUCGCUCUGGCACAUUUAUCGCUAUUUCACUCAUUCUGGAACGGUUCAAGGCAGAACAAGUUAUAGAUGUCUUUGAGGCAAUCAAACUGAUCAGAGGUUUUCGACCUGAGUUUGUGGAUAAUGCCGUUCAGUACAGGUUCUGCUACACUGCUGCACUAGCUGUCGUCGAUUCGUAUGGUACUUAUGAAAAAAUGUAUGAAUAAGAGCUGUUACCGCUUCAGCGAUAUUUCCCAGCAACGAGAAUAUUGCAGCACCUUUGCAUGACUGAAAUGUAACACUAUGAACAUGUUUUGUAUCAAAAUAUCUGUGAUAUACGCACAUUUUAUAAAGUAUUUGUUUAGCUUUUUGUAUCAUUUUAUAUUAGUAAUGAGAUAUAAUCAGAGCAACUCAUUCUUGUAUAAGCUGAAAUACGGAGCCAACCCCAAUUAACGUACUGACAUGACAACACAUGGUGAGACUCUAAAUUAA